AGAAAAUCCAAAAAAAUUGGGAUUAAAAAGUUUAAAUUGGUGACCUUCGACCAUGACGAAUACUUGGAUCAUCGUAAAAUUUUGUCGGCGAGUUUGCGCCGGUCCAGUUAAAGAGGAAAAGUGGGGAUCGCAUCGGACAUUGGUGUCAGAGAGAUGAGAGUCACCGGUGAUGUGCGUGUGCGGAGGCCUCGCGGAGGAUAACGCAAGGUUCAUCCUCCUCGCUGUCGUCCUGGCAGCUUACAUGCUCGCAGGCGCGACUCUUUUCCAAAUACUAGAGGGUGACCUUGAAAUACGACAGGCUGCAGAAUUUUGGCGGGUGUAUCACGCUUUUCGAAAGCAUCACCUGCGUGGUAGUCCACUAGCGCUUCAGAGAUUACACGAACUUCUUUACGCCUACGGAAAUGCUUCCUCUGCCGGUAUCAUUAACAAAAGACGACGUUGGGAUUUUCCUGGUAGCUUUCACUUCGUAGGCACCAUCGUUUCCACAAUUGGAUACGGAAGUACCGCUCCUCAAACUAUGGCAGGACGAGCAGCUGUUGUUCUUUAUGGAUUUUUUGGUUGUUCUGGUGGUAUCCUGUUCUUCAAUCUCUUCCUUGAAAGGAUCAUCACAUUUCUGGCUUGGAUUUUAAGAAGUAUUCACUUGUACCGCGUAAGAAAGCAUCUUCGACAAAGUUCAACAUCUUCUCGACGAGUAUCCAGGUUAUCCAAUCCAAGAUCGUCUCUUCCGGAUAUCCUCGAUGAUGACGACGAAGUCAGUUUAGAACAGUGGAAACCAAGCGUUUAUUGGGUCAUGUUAUAUCUCUUAUUAGCUUCUUGUCUUACUGCAUGCAUUGCUGCUGCGGUUUAUGCACCGCUAGAAGGCUGGGAAUACUUCGACGCUCUCUACUUCUGUUUCAUUAGCUUUACCACCAUCGGUUUCGGUGAUUUUGUCAGUACACAGAAGAUGAAUUAUCCAUAUGUCCAUUGGUAUAGAUUUGCCAAUUUUGUCUUCCUUGUUAUCGGCUGUUGCUGUAUUUAUUCAUUAUUGAAUGUAACUUCGAUAAUUAUCAAACAAGGUUUAAAUUAUGUGAUAAACAAGUUACAAUGUGGUAAUCAAGAUCUUGCUGCGCCUCAUCUACCUAGAAGAAAAUCAUCCGUGUCUUCUAUAUAUUAUUCUAAACGUAGGUCUAUGAAACUCGUUGGUAAAGAUUCGAUUAGAGCUGCGGAAGACGAUUCCGAUGGUUCUAGACGUAUGUCUGGGGAAUUGAUCUCCAUGAAAGAUUUCCUCUCUGCAAAUAAAGUAUCCUUGGCUGUAAUGCAGAAACAACUUUAUGAGACUGCUCAAAUGCAAAAGGAUGGUUGUGGUCCAAUAGCAACAACUCCAAAUCAUCAGGCAUCGGUGUUCAAACCUGGUGCAGUUGGUCCUUUAGCGAUAGCUAGCGAAAAAUUUGAAAAUAAAACUUCAAUAAAUAGGUAGAAAAUAAGUUAACGAAUCGUAACCAUUUCACUUACUAGAUUUACGAUCUUUAACUAGCUGUCUCUUUUUAGUUUUUACAAUACGCAAGUGCACUUUGUUAUUGUCACAUAUACGCAAUAUGUUAUUAUACAAUUACAACGUUUUAAAGUAGCCUAUUGAAAUAAAAUCUAAAUUACAAUUUGAUACGAUGGCUAGAUCGAUAGUUUUUCUUUUUUUUUUUUCUUUUUAUAAAAAUAAUUAGAUUAAAACUAUAAUUCUCGAUAAAUUCAAAUAUGUUUUUAAUUUAUUACUACGCAUCGCUAUAUAAUAAUAAUAAUUAUUAUUAUUAUAACUUUUUUUUGUUUCUGCAUACUAUUCAGUGAAACGUGGUAGAGUAAGGAAACGAUACGUGUAGAAGCAAAAUGAUUGUGUCACUUCCUUCUCUGAUUUUGGUGAGCUGAAACAUAUGUAUAAGAGGAAUUAAAAAAUAUUGAGAAAAUUUGAUCAUUUAAAAAAUUUUUAUGUAAAAUUUUUCGACAUAAUAUUUAUGUCAUACCGAUGGUAUUUUCCACUAAUAAUAAAAUAUGAAAAAAUACUAAUUACAUCAUCAAUGAGGUAUAUCACACAUACAGUUAUAUAUAUCGAUCAUCCAAUAACUUUAUUUAAAUCAUGUUUACAGUACAAUUUGCCAUGUACUCAAUGACAUCAACAAACAUGCAAUCUUUUGUCUUCGCAUUUGUAAUAAUGUGUGUUACUGUAUGCAUCUUGUGUAAGUAAAAUAAAUGAAAAAUCAUUCCUGUAAUUUGAAAAAGAAUAUUUCAUCUUAUGUAAUAAAACUAAUAUAUUAUGUAAAGUUUACUAUAUUAUUUUAUAAUCGAUGAACGAGUGUGGAUCCGACGUACAAUCUAAAAUUCUUCAAAAUAAGAAUACUACGAAUUUUCACAACCUUUCAAAUGAGCAACGCUUGUACUUUUUACGGUAUUUUUUUUUUAAAUAUUAUCCAGAUAAAAGGGAUUGUUAAAUGUUAGGAUAAAUUAUGUGUGCUUAAUGUAUUUCUAUUACACAUUACAUCAUAACACUACGAAGACAAAAAUUUCUCUUUUCCUGAUUAACUACAUUUUUACCUUGUAUCUUACGUCGGCUUUAAGCGGACAUCCUAAUUCAAUGAUCGAGGAGGAUGCAAAAAUGUUCACACCGAGAUGGUAUGCGUAUGAAACUAGAUAUCGAGAAACGAUUAUGUGAAAAACAAUGUAUGUGUGUAUUUCGUUGGAAGUCUAAGAAGGAGAAGGAUGUGUUCCGCUCUAAACGUGAAAGACACAAAUAGAUUACGAGGAAAAUUUAUGAAUUACGAUAGAGCGAAAGUGAAACGUACUAUCGUUUUUUUUUUUCGGAGAUUGCAGUCGUUCGAAAAAUCUACAGAUAACUUUUUUUUCGUUUUCUUUUUUUUCCUUUUUUUUUUUCUUUUCUUUCCUUUUAUCGUUAAAGCCAAAUGUGUAGUGAACAAUGAUUUAACGUUUGUCUUGCAAGUAUUACAUUCGGUUUGUAGUCUAUCACAAAACAAUCACGUUAUACAGACGAAACCACGGUGAUCUAAGAUGCAGUAAGAUCAUUUAGUCUUUUAAUUUAAGCCAAGCUUAAACGUUUAGAACGUAAAGCAUAUCGAGUUUUGUUAACAUCAACAAUAGACUUUGACAAUAAAUUUAAGCUUGGUUUAGACUUCAAAAGAAACUAUUAGACCUAGCACUAGGUAAGUGCCGACAGUACGAUGAUUUGUCCUACCUUCUGAUGCUCAAUAUCCAUAAUGUCUUGUGAAUGAAGUUUUCAAUAAUAUACAAGACAAUAGUACGUCUAUUGCAAGUAUAAUCUUACUGUUUCUUGUUCAUUAUUACUCUUUAGGUCAUUAGGCUUUUUUUGUAUCGAGGCUCAGACAAAGUAAUAAAGUCGUGUAUGUAUCGUUCCAACAAAUCCACUGAAGUCGUCAUCGUCAGUGACCAUCAUUGCAAUUCACACAAUUGAGACAACAGCGCUCAGUGUUUCGCACUGGCGCUGACAAAGCUGCGUUCCAAAUACUCUCAAGUAGAAGUACCAUACCACACUUCUGUCAGGCAAACAAUGCCUUUGUGUUUGGUACCGGCAGCAAAAAAGCACAGCCUUUUUGACUAUGCACAAAGUCACGAGAUUCAUAUCUCGAUAAAUUGGCGAUGAUUCCCGACAAAGCGGGUGUGCCAUUUCUUUCUUCAACGUAUAUCACGCAUACGUACAAAUUGUUGUCCAACCAACUCCAAACCGUUACUUAUUAGAUCAACAUCAUUUGAUAUUUUGAUUAUCCUCUGCUUAAAAAAUUCUCCAUCUACGUCGCAUGCUUGAAUAUAAUCUGAUAACAUGAAAUUGUUAUCACUUAGUGUAGGUGGUUGGUUUUGAUUUUGUGGUGGACGACUUCUAGAUCGCGGAAUUUGAUCCGCUGGUUCCAUUAAAUUCGGAUGUUUCUUACGUUGAUGUUGCAAAAGUUUUGCCUAUUGAGAGAGAAAGAGAGAAAGAGAGAGAAAGAAAGAAAGAGAGAGAGAGAGAGAGAGAGAGAGAGAGAGAAAAGACAUGUAUUACAACAAGAAAUAAUAUAUUAUAUUAAAAUAUUGUGAUUAAAAAUAUGCCUUAUUUUAUUUACCUUACUAGCAUAUUGUUUAUGGCACCAUUGACAUCCUUGAGGUGUAGUUGUAAUACUACCAACUGUCUGACUAAAUGUUGGAUUAGGCAGACUCGAAUAUUCUGAUUCUUUUUGACGAUUACUUGGUGGUAAAGCAGCACCUGGAUGGUUCUUCAUGAUAUGAGCUUUACG